UAAAUCGUUUCAAUUAUCAUAUGAUGUUCUACCCAAAAAAAAAAUAAAACAAUGUUUAAUAACGAAAAAAAAUCCGGAAUACGUGUAUUUUUCUACUAGCCUCGAGAACGUUCUUCAAAAAAUGUGCACACCACAACUCUGGAACCUUCUACAAUAUGCUUUCUAUGCGUUUCUAGAAUCCCUUUUCCCCUUCUCCAAGUCACUCUAAAUGCUAUAAAACCAACACAUUAUACGUACACACAUUAAUCAUUAUCAUCUUAGUCGUCAAAAAUCAACUCCAUAGCAGCUCAUUAUUUCUCAAUGGCAACUUCAAUGGCUCUUAGGAGGGUUACCAUCUCACCCCUCUACAACAGGCUUGUUAACCCUGUCCGUUCUGCAUCAGUUGCUCCUUCUGUUUUCAGAUCUUUCAAUACUAACGCUCAGAUGGCUUCUUACGAUGAAGAUGAUCGCGGAGUCGAUGUUGAUAGGCGCUCCGGUCGUUCCGUGUCUCGCCGUCAGGACGGUUUACCCAGUUUCUUCUCAGAUGUGUUUGAUCCAUUUUCACCGCCAAGGAGUGUGAGCCAGCUGCUAAACAUGAUGGACCAAAUGAUCGAUUCUCCAUUUGUAGCGGCGCCUCGUUCUAUGGGCGCCGUAGUCCCAUCAAGGAGAGGAUGGGACGUGAGGGAGGAUGCUGAUGCUCUGUAUAUAAAAAUGGAUAUGCCUGGACUCGACAAGGAUAAUGUGAAGGUGGCAGUGGAGCAGAACACGCUGAUCAUCAAAGGAGAGGGCGAGAAAGAAUCCGAGGAUGAAGAGUGUAGGAGAAGGUACUCUACCAGACUGGAAAUUCCACAAAAGCUGUAUAAAUUGGAUGGGAUUAAGGCGGAGAUGAAGAACGGGGUGUUGAAAGUAGCGGUUCCAAAGGUGAAGGAAGAAGAGAGGAAAGAUGUUUUCAAUGUUCAAGUUGAAUGAGCCUUCAGUUGUGUUGAGCUUGUGCAAUUUUUAGGUGAAUAUUGUGUGAAAAAUAACCUGCUGAACGGUGGAAAUAUGGUUGUCCCUUCAAUUAUCGAACGAACAGUUUUAAGUUGUUAGUAUACUGCUCUUCAUGUC